UUGCAGACAUUCCUGGCCUUAUCGAGGGCGCUCAUAUGAACAAAGGAUUAGGUCAUUCAUUCUUGCGUCAUAUUGAAAGAUGUCGUUGCCUGCUGUACGUUAUAGAUAUCUCCUUGGACAGUCCCGUCUCACAUCUUAACAUGUUAAAGACAGAACUAGAUUUAUACAAGCCCGGCUUGUCCUCGCUUCCUGCUGCCAUAGUAGCGAAUAAAAUCGACAUUUUGGAAGAUUUGUCAAAGCGGGAUUACAUCGGAACGCAAUUUAGAGACAUACCUUUACCGCUUAUAGCAGUGUCAGGAAAAUUAGGAACUAAUAUCGCAGAUUUAAAAAUAUUUAUUAGAACGUUAUAUGAACAAAAUGUCAACUAAAACUAACUGCAUACUUGAUGCUUCAAUAAGAAAUAAAACGUGAACAAAAUCCUUAACGUCGCAGGAGUCCAACAUG